AUGGCUGGUGUUCCAGGAUUACUCGCUGGCAAGGUUUCCAUCGUGACUGGGGCCUCCUCUGGUCUGGGUCGCGCAAUUGCACUAGCAUUCCAUAAACAUGGGGCGACGGUCGUCUGUGCAGAUCGCAAUGCCUCGAGCAAGGUGUCACAACAACCAACGCACGAACUCAUCCAGGCUGGCGCGGGACAGAGUAUCUUUGUCCCAACCGAUGUCACAAAUGCCAGCAAUGUGAAGGACUUAGUCCAAACUGUGGCUGAUAAGUUCAGUCGUGUCGAUGUAAUGGUGAACAACGCAGGCGUUGCUCCGGAAGCAUCAAACCCAUGUCCCGUCAAUAACACGACUGAAGAGGUCUUCGAUCUGACAUGGCAGGUCAAUGUGCGAGGAACAUUUUUAGGGUGCAAAUAUGCUGGAGCGCAGAUGCUUCGGCAGCCGAGGAUUGCGAGUCAUCACAGAGCAGGCGCUAUCAUCAAUGUAUCAUCGGUCCUGGGCCUGCUCGGCCUUUCAGGGACGCCGGCAUAUGCAGCUUCAAAGGGUGCGGUGAUUGCCCUAACGCGCGCUGUCGCUAUGGAUUACGCAGCUCACGGAAUUCACUGCAAUGCCAUCUUACCGGGGUUUACGCGAACGCCCAUGAUCGCCACGAUGACCGAGAAUAGCGAAUUUGAGAAUACAUUGAAAGAAUGCCAUCCGCUCCAACGAAUCGGAGAUGCGGAAGAGAUCGCAGAUGCGGCGGUCUUCCUGGCGAGCCAAUACUCUAAGGGUAUCACGGGGGUUAACCUGUCGGUGGAUGGAGGAUUACAUGCUCAACUCCGGCUGAAGUGA